UUACUGACUUUCUCGCACACACUUGCUAUCGCCUUCUCUCUCUCUCUUUCCCUUCCUCUCUCACACUCAGACAAACACACUGUCACACUCACUCCUUCCAUUUCUCUUCACUAACUCUCUAAGCCAGCUGCACUCUUUUUCCUUCACAUCAGUUUAAUGAGGAUCCUUCUGCUUCUAGAAUGAUUAUUUAUUUUUACCUGUCUGAAGAAGAUAGAAGAUGAGGUGUGCGUUCCACAUACUCUCCAGUCUCACUAAUGCUUUCCUUUCCAUGUAAUCUCCGGCACUUUUCAUUUUUCAUCUUUUCACUUCUACCUCCUCCAUUGACACCACCUGCCAACCAUGUAUUCCUUUGAUGACUUCGGUGAACAGAGUAUCUGCCAAGCCCGCGCCUCGGUCAUGGUGUACGAUGACGCCAGUAAGAAGUGGGUGCCAAUCAAGCCGGGACAGCAGGGCUUCAGCCGCAUCAACAUCUACCACAACACGGCCAACAACACCUUCCGCGUGGUUGGGGUCAAACUACAGGACCAGCAGGUUGUGAUCAACUACUCCAUAGUAAAGGGGCUGAAGUAUAAUCAGGCCACACCCACCUUCCACCAGUGGCGUGAUGCCAGGCAGGUGUACGGUCUCAACUUCGCCAGCAAGGAGGAGGCCACCACCUUCUCCACCGCCAUGAUGUUUGCCCUCAAUGUGCUCAGCUCGCAAGACGGAGGCCCUGCUGUCCAACGUAAAAAUGGGCCCUCCUCAGAAGACCCCGAUGCACACAGGAGGCAAAUGAUGGAGCAGCAUCAGAUGCAGAUGCAGGGAGUGGCCCACAAAGAGAGGGAACGACAGACAUCUGGCUCAGGUCCGGUUUCUCUUCCCUCAUUGCUGGCUUUGGCCCCACCAGUGGCCCCACCUAUGCCUAUGCCCCCCCCUGCCCCUAUGGCAUCCAUGGCCCCACCUCCUCCACCAGGCCCCCCACCUCCGGCCACAGUGCCACCGCCCAUGCCCCCUCCACUGCCGGUUGAUGCAGGACCACCGGUAGGGGAGGCAGGGAAUGAGCUGGCGCAGCCACUCUCAGGACUGGCGGCUGCCCUCGCUGGAGCCAAACUCCGUAAAGUUGCAAGGGAUGAGAACAGUCCACCAGGAACAGGUGGAGCCAAGAACGAUGCCAACCGCUUGAGUGGAGGUAGUGGUGCUGGAGGGGAGGGGCUGAUGCAGGAAAUGAACGCCCUUCUAGCACGCAGACGGAAAGCCUCAGAGAGACCUGAAGAGGAGGAUCCCAAGCCAGGACAGAACUUUACAGGUGCUGGGAAGAAUCCAUGGGACCGAGUAAACUCUGUAGAUAACUCUUCACUGGUAUUAAGGGUGCGACCAGUGGGCAGCACUAGUGAAGGAGACAUAGACUUUGACAGGAUGAAGCAGGAAAUAUUGGAGGAAGUUGUACGUGAAUUGCAGAAGGUGAAAGAUGAGAUCAUUAAUGCCAUUAGACAAGAAAUUGGUCGAAUCCAUACAUCAUAAUAUCUGGACAGUGGGACAUGCGGGAAGUAUGAAGGAUAAGAUCUGCUCGGAAGAAAUGUUCUCAACGUUUCUGUGAUGAUAUGAAACAUUGCUGUGACGCUGCAGAAAAUUUGAGCCAACACUGAGUCUGCUGUGCAGAACAGAGGGAUGAAAAAAAGUGAGAAUGAGAGAGAUAAAAUAAUGGUUAAAUGAAGAACGUACGGACGGAAGGAUGGACGGACGCUUGCACCGUUUUCCGUUUUUUCCUUGCAUUUGCAGACUCAGUUCAGUUUGCAGGUUUCUGCUCUGUCUGUUCUAAGUCUUACAAAAGGAAAUAUUUUUGUUUUCUACGUUUGUACUGUUUUAUUAUUUUAAAAAAACGUGAUUAUUUUAUUAUUUGUAAUAUUAUAUAUAGAUACAGACAACUGUUGUUCUACAUUGGCGGGUCCUGGAGGAAACUUGCACACCAUUUACAUCAGCCUUUUAUAUUUUAUAUGAUUUACUUUAUCCUUGGGUGUUUGACCAGCACAUAUGGCACAUACUGUGCUUUAGUCACCUGACCUCAGCAGUUUUUAAAAAGCUUUUUAUCUAUUUACCAGUAACAGGGCAGUGUUCAUUAGGCACCAAACAGAAGACAACUGACUGAACCAGGGAGGGACUACCUGGACAUGUCCAAUAAGAAACACUCAUUUUUGUUGUACGUUGCUAAAAGUUUUCAUUUGUGGAUCGUUCACAAAAAAAGUAUCCAAAACUGUAAAUUCACCAUCUAAGUUUUCCCAAUAUAGAUCAAAUUAUCCAUAGGCUAUCCCUACGAAACCCAAAGUAACUAUACAGUAUGUGUAUAUGAUUUGUUCCUGUGUUUAACCAUGCAUGAAUCUGAUCUUUAUUAAUUUUUUAAUUGGGUUUUAAAAAAAGUGGUAUGUUUACAAUGGUGGUUUGUUUUUGUGAAUGUCCUCCUUGCUAUUUAAGGUUGAACUUGAAUUUGAUAUGUGAAAAUAGAGCCAGUUGCUCUUGCAAAAUGAAUAGAAUACAUACAUCAGUGCAACAAUUAUUUGUGAUGAUAGGAAAAUGCUUAUUUGAGGAAAAUAUUUGAUUGAAUACCGGUUGUGACAUUAUGUUAACUUUGACUAAGUUCUGAAUAAAAUUUCAAAAUUGAAAGUAAAUUAAUUUAAACAAAACAAUAGACCUGUCUACA